AUGAGCUCCCAUCUCCAUGCCGACAGCGACGCCGCUCCACGACAGCUCGGUGAGAAGCUGCCGGCCAGAGAUUCCUCCUUCUUGGCCGGGCCUGACGCUUCCAUGGAUGCGCAUGUCUCGGCGGCGGCCGACGACAACCCCGUGGCCGCCGUCAAAGCGGUCGAACAGAUGAGCAAUACGCGGUGGUUCAGCGUGUGCGUCGGUCUGUACUCGACCGCCUUUCUGUAUGGGCUGGACACGAACAUCUCCGCGGCCGUGCAAGGCUCCGUGCUGGCCUCUCUCGGUGGCCUGCCCCUGCUCCCCUGGAUCGGCACCGGUUUCAUGCUCGGUUCCUUGGCCACCAUCUCUGUGCUCGGCUCCGCGUACGCAAAGUUCGAGGUCAAGUGGCUCUACUUGGCCAGCAUCUUGAUGUUCGAGGUCGGGAGUGCCGUUUGCGGUGCAGCCCCCAACAUGCAGGCCAUGGCCGUCGGUCGCGUCGUCGCAGGUGUAGGCGGCUCAGGCAUCUAUCUCGGUGGCGUAAACUACAUCUCGCUGUUUGUAUCCCCAGCCCGUCGGCCCAUCUACACGGCUCUCAUUGGCACAUUCUGGGGUCUAGGCGCCGUCCUCGGACCCGUCAUUGGCAGCGCGUUUGCACAAAGUGCAGCGACAUGGCGUUGGGCAUUCUAUAUUAACCUCGUCUUCGGCGCCGCCACGGCACCCAUCUACAUCUUCUGGUUCCCACGCAACGGCGCAUAUGGUCACAAGCCCAUCCUCCCCCGUCUCUGGACCCUGGACCGGCUGGGCGCCAUACUCAACGCCGCCAUGUUCUCCCUCCUGUUUACGGCCGGGCUGGAGCCCAUUAGUGUCGCCGUCCGGCUCCUGCCGCUCGUGUGUCUCAUCAUAUUCGCCACGAUGCUCUGCGGCGCCCUUUUGCCGCGCUUUGACGUGUACGCCGCGUGGUACACCGCCUCUGGUGUCACAGCCUUGGCCGGGGGCGUGCUGCUCGCGCGCAUCGAUGCGACCACCCCGACGCGAGAGAUGUACGGUUUCGAGGUGCUGGCUGGCUUUGGCUGCGGUCUGACGUUCCAAGCCGCGUACGCGAUUGCUCUGGUCAAGGCGCCGGCGGACAAGGCGGCUUCGGUGCUCAGCUUCAUCAACGUCGCGCAGCUGGGAGGUGCCGCGCUGUCGCUGGCGAUUGCAGGGUCCGUGUUCCAAAACGUCGGCUUUCACACGAUGCGAAGCGCCCUCGAUGGGAGGCGGUACACCUCUGCGGAGAUCCACGAGGCCCUUGCUGGCGGCUACUCGCGUAUCAUCACCGACAGCGCCCCCGAGGUGCGCGCCCUGGCGUCGGAAGCUAUCGCAGCGACCCUCGGCAAGGUCUAUGUCUUAUCUGCCGUGGCUGCCGUCUUGAUACUGCUCUCGGGGAUUCUGAUGCGGUGGGAGAGGUUGACACUGGCUUGA